UGUAGUAAGAAGAACAGGAACAAGAACAACAGCACUGAUCGAGACGAUAAUACCUACACUUAGUUUCAUGGAUUCCCAGUACCUGCCUUUCAAUGAAAACGACUCCCAAGAGAUGCUUCUGUAUGGAGUUCUUGCGGAGGCCGGCGGCGCAGCAGCAAAUGGCGGUUGCUCGCCGGAGACCGUGGAUGUUCAAUGGGAGGAGGAAGAGGAGUCCAACAGGGAAGUGAUGUACAGAGGCGUGCGCAGGAGGCCGUGGGGGAAGUACGCGGCGGAGAUAAGGGACUCGACGAGGAACAGCGUGAGGGUGUGGCUGGGGACGUUCGACACGGCGGAGGAGGCUGCGUUGGCCUACGACCAGGCGGCGUUUGCCAUGCGUGGGACCGCGGCGGUGCUCAACUUCCCGGUGGAGGUGGUGUGGGAGUCGUUGAGGGAGAUUGGGUACGGAUGCGGUGGUCUGGAGGCGGAGAGCUCGCCUGUGCUGGCAUUGAAGAAGAGACACUCCAUGCAGAGGAAAUCAGCGUCUAGAAAGAAGAAGCAGCAGAAAGAGAUGGAGAUGGAGUUGGAAAACAUGGUGGUUUUGGAGGAUUUAGGGUCCGAUUAUUUGGAGGAAUUGCUUACGUUGUCUGAGACCUCUAAUCCUUGGUGAAACAAACUCAGUUUUUUUUUUUUUAUUCACAUUAGAGAUCGAAUAUAAAAUAUUAUGUAGAAAAUUUUGAACCCAAAUUAUUAAAUGAUUUUCAAAAAAUAUUCUACUAUUUUUUUGAUAAUAGGACAAUUUGAAAAGUGAAGUAUGUUGAUCAGGAAAAUUUUAAUCUGUACCUGAUUCGAUCACACUUAAAUUAAUCAUAUAAUAAAUAUAAUAUAUUGUUGUAUGAUUGAACGUACAAUUCAAAUAAUGCAAAAAUAGAACAGAAGAAUUCAAUAAUUAAGUGGGGUUUUAAGUAUUUUGUUGGUCAAAUGGACCAAAACAAUUUGUGAUUUGACUUCUUGGAAGUAUUAUUAUCUUGUGGAAAGUUAUAUGCCACUUGCAUUUUAAGAAUGUCUGGAUGUGGAUGGUCCGUUUCUAUACUGCUUAUAAUGUAGUUA